AGGGCCAGACAACAGUCAGUGACUCAGUCGUCCACGUGAGUGUGUAUUGAGCAGAUGAUGGCCCUUGAAACGGAUAUUGAAACCGGGCCUGGGAAAGAAAAAGACACAUCUACGGUCGCCAAAGAAACUGUAGUGGAAACCAAGUUGAAAGAGGAAGUGAGCGCCGAAGAGAAGACAGAUGCAGAAUGCAAUGGAGACAGUGCCAGUGAAGGUCACGAGAAAGCUGAAACAGAGUCACAGGAGAAGUGUGAAGGAAGCAAGAAAGAGAACAAGGAUGCGAAGGAUAAGGAAGAAGACAAGGAUAAAAGUGAAAAGGAUGAAGACAAGGAUAAAGAUGGCCUGUUGUUGCAGGAGUAUGGAUUUAACGUUAAAAUCAAACCACCCACUGGAGAUGCCUUUGAAAUACAGGUUAGCAGCAUGGAACUAGUACAAGAGAUACACCAGCUUCUAAUGGACCGUGAGGACACCUGCCAUCGCACCUGUUUUUCUUUGCUGCUGAGUGAUCAAACUCUUGACAACUUUGCAGAGCUCAAAACUAUAGAGGGCCUUAAGGAGGGGUCUGUCAUCAAAGUUCGAGAAGAUCCUUACACAGUUCGGGAGGCCAGAAUUCAUGUGCGUCAUGUGAGGGAUUUACUAAAGUCACUGGAUCCAGUAGAUGCUUAUAAUGGUGCUGAUUGUGCCUCAUUAUCAUUCCUCAAUACAGUUGCUCAGGGGGAUAUUAUGGAAAAGAAGAAGAGUCCUGUUGAGUCUAUAGACUGCACACCACCUAAGUAUAUUCUUCCAAGCUGCAAGGAAAGACCACUAGUCCCUCUACAGCCUUUUGCCAAGGAACAGAAGAGCCCACAGUGCCUCAAGGUCUUAACUAUGAGUGGCUGGAACCCUCCCCCAGGUCCACGCAAGUUGCAUGGUGACUUGAUGUAUUUGUAUGUGGUCACUUUAGAAGGAAAACAUUAUCACAUAACUGCUUCAACAUGGGGAUUUUACCUUAAUCAAACAACUGAAGAAGAGUUUAAUCCCAAACCUGCUAGUCCAAGCUAUCUGUGCCAUUCACUCAUUGAGUUACUAAAUAUCCUGUCAAAUGCCUUCAAACGUAAUUUUGCAAACUUACAGAAGAAGAGAACAUCGCGACAUCCCUUUGAAAGGGUAACUACACCCUAUCAGGUCUAUGCUUGGGCUUCUCCUACACUGGAGCAUGGAAUUGAUGCCCUUCGAGCAGAGGAUGCAUUCAGUAGCAAGCUUGGAUACGAAGAACACAUCCCAGGUCAGACACGUGAUUGGAACGAAGAAUUGCAAACUACUAGAGAGCUUGCAAGGCGUACUUUACCUGAACGUCUUCUGAGGGAACGAGCCAUAUUUAAGGUUCACAGUGACUUUGUUGCUGCAGCAACUAGGGGUGCCAUGGCAGUUGUAGAUGGUAAUGUUAUGGCAAUCAAUCCAGGAGAAGACCCUAAGAUGCAGAUGUUUAUAUGGAAUAAUAUUUUCUUCAGUCUGGGCUUUGAUGUCAGGGACCAUUACAAGGAAGUAGGUGGUGAUGCUGCUGCUCAUGUUGCCCCACGUAAUGACUUGCAAGGAGUACGUGUUUACAGUGCUGUUGAUCUUGAAGGUUUAUAUACACUUGGUACUGUGGUGGUAGAUUAUAGAGGCUUUAGAGUUACAGCUCAGUCCAUUAUUCCAGGCAUAUUGGAACGAGAGCAAGAACAGUCUGUUGUGUAUGGUUCCAUUGAUUUUGGGAAAACUGUAGUCACUCACCCAAAAUAUAUGGACUUGCUUCAGAAAGCAGGCCAGCAGCUAAAGAUUUUGCCACAUAAAGUCUUGAAUGAGAAGAAUGAAGAAAUCGAGUUAUGCUCCUCUGUUGAAUGUAAAGGAAUCAUUGGAAAUGAUGGUCGUCAUUACAUUUUGGAUCUUUUAAGGACUUUCCCACCAGAUGUCAAUUUCUUAGAUGUGAAAGGAAUCAAUUUAGGAAGUGCCUGUAAAGAAAUGGGUUUCCCAAUAACUCAUAAGCACAAACUGGCUACACUCAGGCAAGAGCUCAUUGAUGCUUUUGUUGAUAACCGGUACAUGAUGUUCCUCAAGUUUGCAGCCUUACAUUUACAGCAGUUGGGUGCCAAAAAGCAGGAAGUUAGUAAGGUACCUGUAAUAAAGGAGAAAGAAGAAUCUGAAAAAGAUGAGAAAGAAAAGAAAGAUAAUAAAGAAAUAGAGGCUGAAGAAGCAAAGAAAAUAGUUGAAAAUGUCACAGAGAGCAUUGCUGCGGAGAAGCAGGUUGAAGAAAAUACAAAAGAUAUAAUUAAGAAGGCUGCUGCAGCUGUAGGAUCUCUUAAGGAAGCAGAUUUUGAUAUUAGGUUCAACCCUGAUGUAUUUUCUCCUGGAGUUCAACAUGCAAGUCCUCAAGGGGAGCAACUGAAGAAGGAACGCCAGUUGGUUUGUGAUGCUGCAGAGUUUUUAGUUAGUGUACAGCUGCCUAGUUUAGUUCAUGAUCUGACAGAUCAUGCUGCAGCCCCAACUGAUGGUACAACACUAUGUGAGGCACUACAUACUCGGGGGGUAAAUAUUCGUUAUCUUGGCAUGGUUACCAGCCUGCUAGGCAAAGUUUCCGAACUUGACUACAUCUAUACAAUAGCUGUAGGGGAACUUGUUGCUCGUUCUGUAAAGCACGUCUUCACAAGUUACCUUCAAAAUGUUGAAACAAUUUGUCUGUCUUCAGCAAUUGCUCACUUCCUUAACUGCUAUUUAUCAUCAUGUAAUAGUCCUCACACAUCUGGGAAGAACGAUGAGCUUAUGUCUAAAAAGAAGAAGAAAAGACACCCCUUCAGUUACAGCUACAGCUAUAAUCAAUGGUCUAACCUAUCUCCAAAGACUUUGUGGGCUCGCAUCAAAGGAGAACUCAAAAGCUACUUCAGCUGGCAGCUUGAGUCUGAUGGUAUUGACAAUACAGUAAACAAGUAUGGUGUGCAAAAAAUUACCCUGCUGCGAUCUUUUUGCAUGAAGUCAGGUGUCCAACUGUUUUUGAGGGAUUAUAGCUUUGACUCAAAGUCACAAGAAACCUUCCAUGAGGAAGAUAUUGUGAACUUGUUCCCGAUUGUCAAGCACAUCAAUCCAAGAGGUACAGAUGCUUUCAAUUUAUAUACAGCUGGUCAAACAAAAAUUCAACAAGGAUUUUUGAAGGAUGGUUACGAUUUAAUCAGCGAAGCUCUUAACCUUCUGAAUAAUGUGUAUGGAGCAAUGCACCCAGAAAUUGCACAGUGCCUUCGAAUGUUGGCUCGCCUUAAUUACAUUAUGGGUGAUUAUAUUGAAGCAAUGUCCUUCCAACAAAAAGCUGUUUUGAUGAGUGAGAGAGUCAACGGUAUUGAUCAUCCUUACACUAUAACAGAAUACACUCACCUUGCGUUGUACUGUUUUGCCAAUCAGCAAGUCAGCAUUGCUUUGAAAUUAUUAUACAGAGCUAGAUAUUUACUCUUGCUGGUUCAUGGAGAAGUUCAUCCUGAGGUGGCUCUUGUGGAUGCUAAUAUUGGUCUCAUUCUUCAUGCUGUUGGGCAGUACAGUCUCUCUCUUCAGUUUCUGGAAAAAGCAUUAGAGCUUAACAACAAGUUCUUUGGUGACAAGAGCUUAAAGGUUGCCCUUAGUUAUCACUUAGUGGCCAGAACCCAGAGCUGCAUGGGCGAUUUCAGGGGAGCACUCAAAAAUGAAAAGGAAACUUUCACAAUUUAUAAAACACAGCUUGGACCUGAACAUGAGAAAACUAAAGAGGCAGAUGAGUGUUUGCGCCAUCUCACGCAGCAAGCUGUUGUUAUGGCCAAGAAAAUGAGCGAGGCAUUUAAUGGUAGAGGAAUGCUGGGACUUCCCCCAAUUCAAAUCCAGCCUCCAUCCAUGACCAGUGUAUUAGAACUUUUGAAUAUUAUCAAUGGUAUCCUGUAUGUUCAGAUAACACCAGCAGAAAUUGAAAAAGUUCGCCUUGAAUUAGAAAAGGGACAUGCAAAGGCUUUGAAGGAGAAAGCUAAGAAUGAAGCAACUUCUGGUCCAGAUCAAAGCAGACAAAGUGAGGAGAAGGCAGAUGAGAGUGAUACCAAAACUGAAAGUGAAGAGAGUGAAGUAAGUGACAAUGCAAGUGAAGAAAGUGAAGUCAAAACUGAAAUGGAGAGUGAAAGUAAAGCUAAUACUGGUGAACCAGAAGUCACUACCCUAUAAAAGUAAUUGAAAAUGAAGACCAAAAAGUCUUAGAAACUCGGCAAGACGAAAGCAAAACCAUAUUGGAAUCAUCAUCCGAGCUUUCUGGUGGUAGUCAAAGUGAAAAGGAUGAGGAUUCAGCCAGUAGGUGAAGCUAAAAAAUAACUAGCACAAAUUACCUUGAAUGUGUAGUCACUGCUAGUGCCAUGUAUUUAAAUUUUCAUUAAUGGGUUGUAAAGGGCACAAUAGUUUUCCCAUAGCUCAAAUCUCUGGAAUUGGGUGCAAUUCAUUUCUACUGUUGCUAGUGAAAAGCAGCUACCUAAAGAAGUGUCUGGCUGUGAUCUAAGCCAUAGAAAUGCAAUCAGUGCUUGUCAAGUUACAAGCUGUAGUCAAUUUUAGUUCUAUAGCAUUAAGUACUAUUUUGUAUGGAGCCUUUAGUUUUGUAUAAAUAGUUGCUGUUAAUGUUAACUUUAUAGUUUGUGGUUGUGUGUUAAUAGAAAUAGUUAACAUUCCACUGUACAGUUCAGCUUUUACUUGAAAGAAACCAGACAGCUGUUUUAAUCAAUAGGAAUUUGUGCUUGAGUAUUUUAUAGUUAUUUUUUGUCGGAAGAGAUUGAAGUAGCUGUCUGGUCUCUGGCAGUACAGAAGAAGGCUUGGAAAUGUUUUCAUUCUUUUAAGCAACCACUGUUACAUAGCUGUCUGGGAACCCCUUCAGUCAAAAGACAAGAGUAAUGAUGAUCGAAGCAGAUUCUAGUCUUCUAAUGGGUUGUUGAAAAAGACUUAAAUAGCCAAUGUACGUAUUGUUUACUCUGGAGGCAAAGCCACUAAUAAACUUGUUUUUUGAAAUACUAUAUGCACAUCUAAUUGCUUUAGCUUCCAUUCUGUGUACAGAAAAUGUGUGUUUUUUAGUCAUCAGGGAAGUUUAGACCACAUUAAAUAUCUUUUUAACAGGUGCUGAAGAUGUUAAUAUACUUCUAUGCCAAUGUAUUCAAGAUAUGUGCAAUAUGUACAGCCAAAGGUUCGUCGAGUUUUACUCCAGUCCAUUAUUCAUGUACUGUAACGUUUCAUUUUGAAUUACGUGCAACUUUUCAUUUUGAAUUGCCAUCCAUGUUGGGUCUGUCCUUUUAUGUUGGGUUCUUUCAAGAGGACUUAACUGUUCCUUUGUGAUAUAUAUAUAUAUAUAUAUACAUGUCCAUGUGCUAGUGUUCAUUGUAAAUACUGUUACUUUGGCAUAUAUGCAGGUACAUAACCAUACAGAAUUUGAGUCUUCACAUAUAUCAACUUUUUAUCACAAAAUAACACUCAUUAUCUCAUGAAAUAUAAAGGCACCACAUCGUACUUCUCGGUUAUCAAUAGAAGGAUCCACAGUAAAUAUUCUUGUUUAGCAAGACUAUAUUUGUAGAAAUAUUUACAAAGCGCAAGACUUUCGUCCAUCCUUCUCUGGACUUGAGUUUAGUGAUAAAGUCCACCAAAGGAUGGAUGAAAGCUUUUAAGAUUCGUUAAUAUUUCUGCAAAUAUAUUUCAUUUUGGUAAUGAGAUUGUUACUGAUGAUCCUUCUGUUCAUUAUCUCAUAUCAUUUGAAUUAUAGUAGUAGUAUAGAUCUACUUUUGUGUGUCUUAUGUACUUGCAAAUAAGGCACCAAAGAAAACACUGGUGCUGAGGAUAUUUAGCUAUAAAAAUUUAAAAAGCAAUUUCUUCCACGAGUUGUUUUAUGGGAUAUUAAAAUUUGUCAUUUUUUACAAUAAAGCAAUAAAUUGGUUAAAAUUUCUGGCUUUUUAUAUUGAAAAGAUUUUGUUACUCAUGUUUCCUGUUUAUAUGACAAAUUGUAUAGAGGGCCUGGAGCUCAUGUAAUUAAAUUUGUAGAUAAUGUUAAAUAAAAGCUGUUGAUAA